UGGAGUAUGUCUUAAGAAUCUUGACAUUAAGUAGACAACUAUAAACAAGCAAAAAUGGUUUCCCGAAGGUUUUUCUUCACUUUCUUUUGUCUCUUUGCAACGUUAAUCGCAGUUGCUAAAGGAAACGACAACAACAGAAAGCUGUUGACAAGUUACCGGCCACAAUAUUCUCCUCCUCUAUCUCCGGUUUAUCGUUAUCCUGUUGCUCCUCCUACUCCAGUCUAUAAAACUCCUGUUGCUCCUCCUACUCCAGUCUAUAAACCUCCUGUUGCUCCUCCUACUCCGGUUUAUAAAUCUCCAGUUGCUGUUCCUCCUCCUUCUCCUAAACCACAAGCCGCCUACUACUACAGGAGGUCUCCACCACCACCACCCUCUAGACAUGGAAGGGUGUAUCCACCUCCUCCUUCCAAACCAUGGUGGUGGUAUUUGAGGCGUUAAAAAGCGUGCGAGUGGCUGAUGGAUUGUUAUCUGAAAGUGCAUUCAUGUUGUCUUAACUUUAUUUUGACGUUUCUCAGUUUGCCAAAAUUUCUCCAUUUUCUGUUUUGUGUUUUUUUGUAGUGUGACUGAAGCUUCUUCGUUUAUUAUUUGUAUAUUCCAAAACUUGUUGACUAAAUAUCUAAUGUCCAGUCUUCGUUUAUGUUUUAAGGACUUCAUAUACAAAUUCUUAAAAGAGAUGUAAUACAUAAACCACAUUUGACUUGCAUCAAAACAAAUUUCCUAUAAAGAAUCAAGAUUGAAUGUAAUGUUCAUCUACCUCUAAUGACGUAUAGCUUACAAUACUAUUCACCAUACGUUACAUAUGGGGGCAUCUUUGUGUGGGGUAGUUCACUGUGUGAGAUUGCGAAAGGUGUGCAUCUUCGGGAAACGCUCAUGCAUGGACCCAACCAUUGACGCAAGAGUGUGAAGACGGGCAUGAUACAUCGUCAGAGUGCAUGCAGAAUGGAGGGAAACGGUGAAGAGUUUGAAGACGGGAAGGAUGUGUCACUAACCAUUGAGAACGUUUUUUCCGGAAAGGACGUGAUUCCCAUGGAGCUACUGGAUGAGCGCCACCAAGGAAGAAGAUAGGUGACAAAAAUGGAGGGGAAGCCGCAAAAGACAUUUAGUCAGGCUAGAGAGAACAAAGAUUAUUUCAAUUUGGAAAAAGCCAAACAAAAGAGUACACAAAUAAACAAUGGCGAUGAGAGAAAAGAAUAACCACCCCAAAAUUCUCACUUGCAUACAAAGACAAAAACUCCAAAAAUCGAGAGACUUUCCUUCUGUUUUAGUUUCUCGUAAAAGCACCAAAAACUUCACUCUCCCAAAUCCCAAAAAGCCAGCACCAAACCUUUGUGUUUUUGGGGAAUCGUUCCCCAAUUCACAUUCUUUUCACUAACAAUCCCUCCUUCCUAAUAUACAUUUCAUUUCAUAACUUAUGAAGGAUAGAUAGACCCAUUCAUCAUCCCUCCCCACCAAAAAAAAA